GAUCAAUGCAGGGUACUCUAAAUCGACUGUGACCGCUUUGACUGGAGAACAGAGAAUCGUAAUUACGCUGUCUUCGUGUCUAUUAAAAGAAAGAAUCGUUUCACAACCGCGUCUUCGAAGAACAGCCUGAGGGGGGCCGCAGGGAUUGACAGAUAAAUCGCCUAAUCACUGAUGGCAAAUGCAGCCGCUGCGUCUUUGCCGACAUCUCCAUAGGGGAUUCGAGACAUGACCAGCCGUCUCCUCCCACGACCACCACCACGCGACGGCUCCCAGCCCUAGCUAUCCUCCCAACCUCCCAAUGUCUCUCUCACCAAGCCCCCCACGACUGCCCGCGAUGGAUAGCACCCUCGGCGCGAUGGAAGUUGGCGGAGUCGUAGGGACGUUUCUGUUCGGGAUCGAGACGCUCCAGACGUUCCACUAUUUCCGCCGGUUUUCGCAGGAUCCCGCCUAUUUGAAGUGGACGGUCGCUCUAUUGUGGUGGGUCGCCUCCGCUCCCUGUAACGGCGUCCAGGCUCAGUCCGGCCAGGUUUCUCGAGCUGGGACACUCCAUUACGACAUGGCACUUGCUUUACUCACUCACCGUGACCUUUUACGGGCAGCCGCAGCACAUCCAGACACCACCGAUCUCCCUCCCGCUCACGAUCCUAUUCUCGGCCCCGCUGUACUUCAUUGUGCAGGUCUGUUCAGUCGUCGUCGCUGUCGACGUCACCCUAUCCGAAUUCGUGCUCAAUCCCCGCAGUUCUUCUUCGCCAACCGCGUGCGACUGCUCUCCGGCCGCUGGUUCAUGACCAUCGUCUGCUGGAGCCUGACGACGAUCCGGUUCGGGUGCACGUUCGCCAUGAUGGGCGUCGUGCUCAACAUCUCGAGUCUCGGCGAGCUGGAGGCGCACUACCAGUGGCUCAUGGCGCUCGGUCUGUCGCUUGGGGUCGGCGUCGAUGUCCUAGUCGCGGGAAGCAUGUGCUGGUGUCUCUGGCGUCUCAGGAGCGACGGGGUUGUCAGUACGAGAAAGGUCGUGGAUAAGCUUAUCCUAUGGACCCUUGAAUCCGGGAUCGCGACAGGCGGCACGAGUAUCGGACUGCUUGCUUUCUUCUUUGCCCGCAGCGAUCUUAGCUGGUUUCCGUUCUAUCUCAUCCUGGGCAAACUGUUCUCAAACUCGAUGUUGGCCGCGCUCAACGGGCGAUCGCAUCUCCGACAGCUUGACCGUAGGACAGAGCCGAGCACUAAGUCAGGGUCUGCUUUGCACAUGCCGGUGUCGAGUGGGCAAAUGGAGUUCCUCACUCCGGGAGCGUCGAUGUUCGGCACGACGAACGAGAGCUCGGAUUACACCGAGGAGAACAAGGAUCCGCGAGAGUUGCAUCGGUAUCCUCAAUGAGGAUAUGUAUCUAUUUCCUUCAGCGCAAGUCCGACCACGAUCGAUGACUUGUUAUGUACAUACUAUCUCCCGUUCCACCACUUUCUCCAAUUGCAGUGAUUUGUCUUUUGCGUCCUGCCAAAUAUCGCACAGCC